CAGUUAUUUCAACUUUCCAUAAUUGGCUAAACAUGACAAAACUGUCGAUUUCUCUGCAACUAUCCACAUCGAGAUAAUUAUAAAAAUUGAAAAAAUUCCCCUCGGCAUCCAAAUAGAUUAGAUAGAGUGCAGCUGCAAGAAGCGAAAUUGAUUUCCGGAAAUAGUAGUAAUGGAAUCGAUUGUGCAAAUGCCGUACGAUGCCACAGUUCGCCUUAUGCUGGCUUCACUCGAACGCAAUUUGCUGCCGGACGUCGUUAUACGACGGCUCACUCGCCUGCUUCUUGCCAGUCGUCUCCGGUCCGGUUAUAAACCCUCCGCUGAGCUCCAAUUGUCCGACCUCCUCCGCUUCGCGCACACAUUAAGAGAAAUGCCAAUAGCCAUUAAGACAGAAAGGCCAAAAUCCCAACAUUAUGAAGUUCCGACAUCUUUCUUCAAGCUUGUUCUUGGAAAGCAUCUUAAAUACAGUUGCUGCUUCUUUUCUGACAAGUCAAGCACCUUAGAGGAUGCUGAAAAGGCAAUGUUGGAGUUGUACUGUGAGAGGUCGCAAAUAAAAGAUGGCCAUGCUGUUCUUGAUGUUGGAUGUGGCUGGGGAUCACUUGCUCUCUACAUAGCAAAGAAAUAUCCCAAUUGCCAGAUUACAGGGAUUUGCAAUUCAGUGACCCAGAAAGCGUACAUUGAGGAGCAAUGCCGGGAUCUUCAAGUGCAGAAUAUUGAUAUCGUAGUUGCAGAUAUUAGCACAUUUGAUAUGGAAGCUUCCUACGACAGAGUAUUUUCUAUUGAAAUGUUUGAGCAUAUGAAAAACUAUCGGGACCUUCUUAAGAAGAUAUCCAGGUGGAUGAAACCAGACGGUCUUCUUUUUGUCCAUUAUUUCUGCCAUAAAACAUUUGCUUACCACUUCGAGGAUGUCAAUGAAGACGAUUGGAUCACUCGGUACUUCUUCGAUGGAGGCACGAUGCCUUCAGCAAACUUGCUCCUUUAUUUUCAGGAUGAUGUGUCAAUAGCUGAUCACUGGCUUAUUAACGGAAAGCAUUACGCACAGACAAGUGAAGAAUGGCUCAAAAAAAUGGAUAAGAACUUGAAUUCUGUGAAGCCAAUAAUGGAAUCAACUUAUGGCAAGGAUUCAGCUGUUAAGUGGACUGUCUAUUGGAGAACAUUUUUCAUUGCAGUUGCUGAACUAUUCGGGUACAAUGAUGGAGAAGAAUGGAUGGUUUCCCAUUUUCUCUUCCGGAAGAAAUGACUAGUAAAUUCUCAAACCGUAAAUCCAUAUGGCCAACAUACAGUUUCAAAAUUUCUACCAUUUGGAGUACUAAAUAUGACAUCAGCUCAAGGUUUUUAUUAUGUAUGCAUGGAUUGAAUUGAAUUAAUCGUGAAUUUCAUAUGCUAUACAUUGCUAGAUCCAAAAUCUUGGUUCACUUCUAAUAACUGCAUUGUUUGUUCACCGGGCUGACUUGGGGGAUUAUUACUUCAUAUCUUGUACUCCCUCCGUCCCAUUUAUAUAUGCCGACUUUCCUUUAUUUUA